GAGAGUGAGAAGAAAGGGAGGAUAGGAGAGAGAGUCUGUGGAGAGGGGGCGGAGGAAAGAGAGAGAGAGAGAGAGAGAGAGAGAGAGAGAGAGAGAGAGAGACACACACACACACGCAGGCCCUGGAGCUGCUACUGAUGCUGCUGCUGCUGCAGCCGUUUGACAAUUCCCCACCCAGAGAGAGAGCAGGGAAGAAGGGAGGAGAUCAGAGCAAGGAGGAAGAAGGAGUAAGCGACACCUCAGUCAAGAUGCUUCGGUGCUAGCCAACACGCACGAAGGCAAAGCUCCAUGCUGCCCUGCAGGAGAAAAACCGUCUGAACCUUGAGCUGAUCAACCAUCACCUGAAGGCAUCCAAGUAUGACCAGGUGCAAUCAGACUAUGACCAGCUGAGACAGACGUUUGCUGUAGUGAGCCAGGAGAGAGACGUGGCCCAGCAGCAGAGGAGCCAGCUCCAAGGCAAAGUGGAGAACCUGGAACAGGUUCUAAAGCAUAUGCACCAGUCUGUUGAGCUGAAGCAGCAGCUGCAGCUAGAGCAUGAGCAAGCCUUGGUGGCCCUUCACACCAAGCAGAAGGAGAUCAAUCAACUGCAAAAGGUCAAGGUUCAUGACCUGGAGCAGAAAUGCAGGUCACAGAGUGAACACUACCACCAGCUGUCAAAAGAGCUGUUGAAUUUCCGUUUGCAGUCGGACACCUUGGAUAUCCAGAAAGUUCAACCCAAUUCCACGUCCCAAAUCCCCGUCUCACCACAGAGGAAACUCCCACAAGUCCGCGAGGGAUUCGAAGCACACACAGAGACAGGCGAUGAGAACACGGCAAACACGCCGCUACUGAUCUCCCAGUUCUUACCCUGCACAACACAGACUGGAGACAGAGAAAGACCAGAACUGCUGUCUGUCAAAUCCAGCACCAUAACAACGGACCGCCUCAGCAGCCCUCGAAAGCUCGCCUCCUCCGAGAUGGAGGAUGAGGCCAGCCCAUCACCCAGGUCCAAGCCUCGCUACACAGGCCAGGUCCGCCUUUGCACUGCCCGCUACAGUUAUAACCCUUACGAUGGACCAAACGAGCAUCCUGAAGCAGAGCUCCCCCUUGUGGCGGGAAAGUAUCUGUACGUGUACGGAAACAUGGAUGAUGAUGGCUUCUAUGAGGGGGAGCUGCUGGACGGCCAGCGAGGACUUGUUCCUUCCAACUUUGUGGAGUUUGUCCAGGACAAGGAAAAACCAGCGAUUCAGUCCGGAGAAGAAGGGGAAGACCUGGGCCCACUGGACCAUACAAAUAUGUCUUUGGUUCCAGUGGAUGGAGGUGCCUCCCAGGAUGGCCUCUUGGGCUCGUCUAACGCCUUGGUUCCCUGUAGCAAUGGGACAGGGGGGCCACUGGACCCUGAGGACCUGGCUGACGAUGUUGUGCCUUAUCCCCGAAAGAUCUCCCUGAUCAAGCAGCUGGCACGGAGUGUCAUUGUGGCUUGGGAGCCUCCAAUAGUGCCUUGGGGCUGGGGGAACGUCUCUGGCUACAAUGUGUUGGUAGAUAGGGAGCUCCGUGCCAGUAUAGCGUUUGGCGGCCGGACAAAGUGUUUGUUGGAGAAGCUGGACCUGGACGGCUGCGUUCACCGCGUGUCGGUGCAGAGCGUCACAGACAGGGGCCUGUCCGACGAGCUGCGCUGCACCCUGCUGGUGGGGGCCAACGUGGUGGUGGCUCCGUGUAGUCUGCGGGUGGAUGACAUCCAGCGUGACACUGCCGAGCUCUCCUGGUUGCCUAGCAACAGUAACUAUGGUCACACUGUGUUCUUGGACGGGGUAGAACAUGCAGUGAUGAAGCCGGGGAGGUAUAGACUACGCUUUCUCAACCUAAAGCCACUGACUGUGUACAAAGUGACAGUGAUGGCACAGCCGCACCAGGUGCCAUGGCAACUACCGCUGGAGCAGCGAGAGAGGAAAGAAGCUGGGGUGGAGUUCUGCACUCAGGCUGCAGGUCCAACACCAUAUUGCAGAACAGGCCCGCCCCAGCCCCCGAUUGAUGUACAGGUACUCUGUGGGCAGGCUCCAGGGGUGCUACAAGUCCGCUGGAAGCCUCCCAACCUCACUUCCACGGGCACAUCGAACGGGGCGAACGUAGUUGGCUACGCAGUCUGCACAAAAGGCCAGAGGAUAGCAGAGGUGUUGUACCCACAGGCAGACUAUGUUACUGUCGAGCUGACGAGGAUUCAGUGCCUGGAGGCUCGGGAAGUGAUCGUCAGGACGCUGUCCGUGCAGGGAGAGUCCCAGGACUCCCAAGUCGCCGUCAUUCCAAACAACCUGCUAGUGCCUCUUCCUGCGAUUCCCCUGCCACCGCCAAUGCACCCCCAUGCAGGCCCUCCUCCUCCCCCACAUCCCCACGCUCAACCCCACCUCCAGUCGCCUCACCUUCCCCAUGCCACACCCCAACUUCCUGCUCCCCCCCAGGCACACGGACAGCCACUCCAACCCCAUCCUGCACACAAUCAACCCCAUCCCAGACUCCCUCACCCAGGUGGACCCCCGCAACCCCAGCUUCGACCCCCACAUCCUCACCCCCGACCCCUGCUUCUUCAGCCCCGACAACCCCACCAAGGUCCCAGGCCACAGCACCAGCUGCCUCUGCUACCCCACCCCCAACACCAUCCUAUACCUCAGAGACCAGUAUGUGCCAGAGACCUGGAUGCCAAAGACCACGCAGCCCACCACGGGGGAGCUGUUCAGCCCGGACAGCCUGGCUGGGACCCCACACGCUCACCCUCCUCCCAGCCUCCCGUGCCCAUGCAAGGCCACACCCUUGCGGCCCCACCACCUGCCAAUCCUCGCUCCCCGUCCCCUCAGAGGAUUCUGCCGCAGCCCCGGGGGACACUCAUUCCGGACACCGUGGCCAAAGCCAUCGCUCGAGAAGCAGCGCAGAGGGUGGCAGCAGAAAGUGGCAAGCAGGGGGAGAGGCGGCAGGGCAGGUAUGGGGAGCAGGGUCAUUCGUUUCACCAGCAUCACUCUGACGAGGAAGAGGAGGAUGAAGAAGGCUUUGGGCGCGGGCGUCGGAGAGGACCCACAGUUGAUGAGUUCCUCCGAGGCUCUGAGCUGGGGAGGCCGCCUCACUAUAGUCACAAUGAAGAUUAUCACAGCGAGAGCAGCCGGGGGUCUGACCUGUCUGACAUCAUGGAAGAGGAUGAGGAGGAGCUGUACUCUGAGAUGCAGCUGGAAGAGGGACGCCGGCGCAACUCGCACAACACACCCAAGACCAACACUUCUGCUGGAGGCCGUCAUGACCGGGAGGCUGGGAGAAGAACUCAUCACGGUGGUUCCCAGCCUCAAAGAAGGCCGCUAAUGGUCCCCUCCAUUGAAGUAACCUCUGAGAAUAACAGUGAGGGAAACCCCUCCCCCAUCACCGAGGAUGGUAACUAUGGCAGAGUAGCUCGGCACAGGACGUGGCCAUCCCGCAGGCACAUGGGCGGCACCAGGUCUCCCCAUGAUGGUUACAGGGACCGGGAUCGCCGCUCACCCACAUACUAUGAUGAGUCGGAGCCCGAGGAAUCCUUCCGGAUCUUUGUGGCCCUCUUUGACUACGAUCCUCUGUCCAUGUCCCCCAACCCGGACGCAGCCGAUGAGGAGCUGCCCUUCAAAGAGGGGCAGAUCAUUAGGGUGUACGGUGAUAAAGAUACAGAUGGGUUCUACAGAGCAGAAGUGAGGGGCAGGAUGGGGCUGAUACCCUGUAACAUGGUGUCAGAGAUCCGAGCAGAGGACGAGGAGACCUUGGACCAACUCAUGAAACAGGGCUUCCUGCCGCUCAGCACACCUGUGGACAGGAUAGAGCAGAACAGAAGGGGACUCCGUCGAGAUCAGGCCUCAAGGAGGAUGGUGGCUUUGUACGACUACGACCCCCGAGAGAGCUCGCCUAACGUUGACGUGGAGGCUGAGCUGACCUUCUGUGCUGGUGACAUCAUUGCUGUAAGUGGAGAUAUCGACGAGGACGGAUUCUAUUAUGGUGAGAUGAAUGGCCACCGUGGUCUGGUUCCUUCUAACUUCCUGGAAGAAGUGCCUGAUGAUGUGGAGGUGUAUCUGACCGAUACGCCGUCCCACUACCCCCAGGAAGAGCCUGCCAACCGGCCCCCUGCCAACUCCGCCGCCACCGUCUCCGAGAGCAAACGGGUUACAGCAGAAACCACCGACACCGUCGACAAUGACGCCGCCCCUGUGCGUGCCCCGUCCCCGAUUGUCAGGCCCCUCCUCCCCGGCACCAUGAGACUCCUGAGCCCUACGAGGGUCCCCCACAUGCCACUGGACCCCCGGGACUCCCAAGAUCUGGCCAACAAGAAGAAGAAGGGACUACUUUCUAAGGGGAAGAAGCUGCUGAAGAGACUGUCCCCUGUGAAAUAAUACAAAAAAAAAAAAAAAAAAAAAAAAAACGUGCAGCGUACAUGUACAAAAAGCGUACACAUGCUGGGCUCUGUAUAUUGCAUCCAUACAAUCAACUCUGAUCCAACAUCACAUGACAGAGAGGAUGUGAGCUCUGAAUCCUGGACUGUGUGAGCCUAUUUGAAUAUAACCAGUGAUAUAAUUAUUCAUGUGUGGUGAUGAUACAAAUCAACUAAAUUAUGUACAGUGCAGUGCCAAAAUCACAAGAGGUAACCUACAGACACAAGAUGAAUUACUGUGAUGUAUCUAAAUCAACAGUUGACUUUGAAAAAAUUAAAAAAAAAACUAGGAUUUUCAUGACAUUUUCCUUUUCUGUAUUUUGAACAAACUACACAUUUAUUUGAUGCAGGGCCGCUGUGAAAUCAGAGCACGUGGUUACAUCUUCAGUUUCUAUAUAAUUACCAAAUUUCUUAUUUCAAGGAUUAUCGAUGUCACCACAAGGAAACAGAAACCAUACUCCUCUAGCAAAAUCUCCAGAAGACUACACUGUAAUCGAUUGCAUUCUUGUCAAGUAAUGCUUGCUGCUAACACAAAAGGCUUUAUUCAGUGCAAUAUCAAGACGGAGGUGGUAGCAUACGGGGUACCAGAUUGGCAACAGGGCAUUACAAUCCGAGACACUUGGCAAGCUUUUUGCGUGUCUCAGUGGCCUUCUAUGAAAACAAAAUGAGCGUGACACUCCUCGUUUGAUCAACGACUAUUUCGUUUUGUUUCAUGACUUGUUCUUUGUUUGUUUCUGAAGGGUUUGUUUGUUUCGUCCUCGCUGUCAAACUGUCAUGAAACGCCUAGUUCAAGACUCAAAUUUGUGUCCGUCUUCCUAUUGCACAAAAGUGGGUGUGUUUUUGUUUUUUUUUUGGGGGGGGGGGGGGGGGGAGAGUUGGUAAAAGAUAUGUUUAGUGUGCCUGUGUGAAUGAGUACGUGCUGCAUUCAUGCUUUGCACUUUUUUUUUAUGUUUCUUGUUCAGAUUUCGUUUAUCCAAAGGAGAGGCCAUGUAGUGAUUGAUUCCUGUGAUGUAGUGAUGUACUGCUACCUCCAUCGCCUGUGCACUGUUAAGUUCUGUCUCAUGUUGAUAUAAAAGGGUCAUGUUAAAGCCUCGUGGAAAUGACACAAUCAAAAAGUCAAAGUGCAUUUUCCUCUGUGUUCGGUUUCAUGUGUAACGGGUCUGUAGAGAGAGCUCACUCUCAGACCUCUCAUACCUGAUUAUUUCAUGCUCAUACCAUAAAAAAGGGAUCAUGUCAUCCACAGUGUAAUAACAUCUGAGGGGGAACAGAGUAAAAGUUAUUCCUAUGAUCUUGUUUAAUUCAAGCAGAUGUACCCAAAGCCAGAGUCGGGAGAACGCAGACACUAAUAAUUACUCAUGCCAAAUCUCUGUCGUUGCUUCAUUUACUUUGUUAUCUCACUAAAUGUUUCAUAUCUUUAGCAGAGUCUACAAAAACAAACAAAAACUCUUUGCAUAGCGCCAUGAAAGGGCUGGCAGCAGAAAGUGUAAUCGCAUCAGUAGAGAUGACUUCAUUUCCUGCAGUCUGUCCCACUCUGUGUGAACUGAUUUCUUUCUUUGUCAGUUUAGAAGAUCCAAAACAUGUGUCUUAAUUUAGUGUUGUAGUCAAGAGCACACC